GAGAAAAUGGGAAAUUAAAGACUUCUGCACAGGAGGUGAUUUCAGGAGUUAGAAUGGUGGUUUUUUUCUCUAGUAUUCUCAGUUUACUUGUUACUAUAGGAAUGGCGGAGAUUCCAGAUGCUUCUUCCUUUAAAGAUUCUUUGAAGCGACGUAUAUGUUUGGAAGGGAAAUCUCAGCUUUUACCACGCUCUUCAGUUAAUACUACAAAACAGUUGUCAGAUUUAAGAAGCGUGAUGAGAAGAUCAAGAAUACAAGCCUAUAUCGUACCCUCUAUGGACGCACACCAGAGCGAAGAUGUUGCGCCACAGUAUCAACGAAGGGAGUUUAUUUCUGGAUUCAGUGGAUCUCAUGGGACCGCUAUCAUAACGUACGCAAAGGCUGCUCUCUGGACAGACGGAAGAUAUUUUCUUCAAGCAGAAAUGGAAUUAGACUGUAACUGGAUUGUACAAAAAGAGGGAAUGAAAGGAACUCCAAGUCUUUCCCAAUGGCUACUUGACAGCCUGCCAAAGGGGUCCAGCGUGGGAGUUGAUCCUUUUCUUAUUUCCGUGUGUGAGUGGGAUCGAAUGUUUAAGGAGCUCAAGGAACAUAACAUCGAAUUGAUUCCUGUCAAACAAAACCUGGUUGAUCUUGUUUGGCCAUCCAGACCACAGCCACAACCAAGGAAGUUAAUUGUCCUCGAUAUUUCUUACUCAGGUAGAAGUUGGCAAGAUAAAAUCAUAGCCUUACGCGGUUUCCUGAAGGCCAGGUCAGCGACUGCCGUUGUAAUCGAAAAACUGGAUGAAAUAGCGUGGCUUUUGAAUCUCCGAGGAUUUGAUAUCAAGUAUACCCCAGUUUUCUUCUCCUAUGUUACAGUUACAAAGGACAGUGCCUCACUGUUCGUAGAUAAUGACAAGGUGACGCCAUCUGUGAAAAGACAUCUGAAAGUUAAAAAUUGUAAAGGCCGGAAUGAAGAGCACCUGUGCGUACAACUUAAGCCAUAUGAUGCUAUCAAGGAAGUUGUGAAAACGCUAGCCGAAUGCAAAAAUGCUAAAAUAUUGGUUAGCACAUCCUCAAGCCACGGAAUAAGGAUGAAGAUUCCCAAGGAAAAUUUGUUAAUAGACGAGUCGCCAGUUGCUUUACCAAAAGCAAUAAAAAAUCCAACAGAAAUUCGUGGAAUGAAAAAUGCCAAUGUAAAGGACUGCGCGGCGCUUUGUCAGUUCUUUGCUUGGAUUGAACGUGAGAUUUCAUUGAAUUCUACAAAGCUGACAGAAUUGACGACUGAGGCAAAGUUGUUGUACUUUAGAACGCUGGAGAAGAAUUUUAUGAGUCCAAGUUUUGCUACAAUUUCUGGCUUUGGACCCAACAGCGCCAUAAUCCAUUACAAAGCAAAUCAAUUUACUAACGCCCGGAUCGACAAAAGCAGUGUUUAUUUGUUGGAUUCAGGAGGACAGUACUUAGAUGGGACAACAGACACAACAAGGACGGUUCAUUUUGGAGUUCCAACCAAACACCAGAAGGAUUGCUACACAAGAGUCUUAAAGGGACAUAUUGACAUUGCCAGUGCAGUUUUUCCCAAUGACACGUAUGGAAGGACAUUAGAUGUGUUUGCACGACAACCUCUUUGGAAAGUGGGGCUGGAUUAUCGACAUGGCACGGGACACGGAAUAGGACACUUCCUAAACAUUCACGAGGGACCCCAGUGUAUAGCUCCAGGAUUUCCUAUCGAAGACGAGAAAAUUUUAAUGCCUGGAAUGAUUUUAUCUGACGAACCGGGAUAUUAUGAAGAUGGUCGCUUUGGAAUUCGACUUGAAACAGCUGUCCUUGUGAAAGUUGCCAAAACAAAGUAUCAUUUCGAUGGAGUGGACUAUCUUGAGUUCGAACCAGUUACAUUUUUACCGUUUCAAAGGAAACUUAUUGACGUGUCGUUGUUGAGCAAGUCGCAGGUCGACUGGUUAAAUAAGUAUCAUGAAAGGACAAGAGAAGUUAUAGGAGCGGAGCUUAGAAGACGGAAAAGGGAAAUGGCUUUGAAGUGGCUCAUGAAAGAAACGGAGCCGCUAAAAUAA